AUGGCAAGUGCUCAAAUUAGCGACUUAUCGGACCCAGUGUUUGAACAUAUUCUCUCUUUUCUUCCAACCAAUCAAGCCAUUACCACAUGCCUCUUGUCCAAGAGGUGGAGGCACCUCCGCUUGUCGCUUUCCAGUCUGGACUUUGACGACUUCAACUUUCAUAAUCUUCACUCUUUCCUUCAGUACGUAGAUACAGUGAUGAGCAUGAGAGAUCAUUCAGAAAUCCUAAGAAAGUUUUAUCUCAUUCUCAGAUCUGCACGUGGGAACGUGCCACGUAUGAAGAUUAACACUUGGAUUAACACGUCAGUGAAUUCCAGAGUUGAACAUGUUGAGAUUUAUGAUAAAACUCUUAACAAGUUCAACAUUGAAAUACCCUCUUGCAUUUUCAACUGCAAUAGCAUCAGAAUUUUAAAGCUGAAUGGUGUUAAAGUGACGACUCCUUCUUUUAUUCAUUUGCCUUCACUUGAAGUCUUGCAUUUGAGCAAUGUUAUAUUUCCAAACAUCCAAGGCGUUUACAAUCUGCUUUGUGGCUGCCCUUUGCUUCAAGACUUGUCACUAAAAUACUGCAGCGCAAUUCUUAUCGAUGGGCGUUCGAUUGUGCCCAUAAAGGAAGGAAGCCUUAGAAAUUUGGUGUCUGCUCAUGUUUAUCGCUAUCCAUUCACUUUGGAAGAAAGGCUUACAAAUUUGGUGUUAGCUGAUGUUUAUCGCUAUCCAUUUACUUUGCGAUCUUUGUCUAAUGUUACAGCACUGCGGAUAGAUAUGGUAGGAUACUAUAUUCUCUUCCUGAAUAUAGCUGUUAGACUAUUUGUUCCUUUAGUAUUUACUAUAUAA